ACUACCCCUCACUCCUCCUCCUUCCUCUCUCUCUCCCUCCUCCUCCUCCUCCUUCCUUUUGCCACAUCCACCCACCCACCAGCCCACCCUCUCCCUGCCUCCCUUACACACACACACACACACACACACACAUACACACAUAUACACUCAAUCACGAAUGCACAGGGAUUGCAGCAACAGCAGCAGCACCGCGAGAUGGAGAUCUCCGCUGCGUGUGUGAGUGCCUGUUCCCGCUGUCACUGCACCGGCUGCCUCUCUCUCAGCACUCCUGCAGCCUGUGAGAGCUGCUCCAGUGGCUGGACGGUGCCCUGGCACCCACUGAAUACAUGGAUGAACGCUGGAUCUACAGGGGAUCUGCGCUUUCUUGUCCUUUGCGCCUCUGAUCUGUUUCUCAAGGAAAUAUGGUGAGCAAAGAGGACGCCAAAUGUAUUGUUGUCUCAAAUUCAGAUGAAUCAGACUCCGAGACAGGCCCAUCACACAGCCUUGAUACGACUUCUGGAGGAGAAUCCGGCAAGCAGCAGGUGAAGAAAAGAAACAAGGCCUUACAAGUGCGUUUUAAGGAUAUCUGUGAAGCUCAGAAUGAAUAUCGGGGAAGACGCUCCAGGUCCAUUUCCUGCAAAGUAACGCACAGAAAGUACAUGACCAUGCCUGCCAGACGCUCUAUUCCCAAUGUGACCAAGAGCACGGGUGUCCAGACCUCGCCAGACCUCACCAAGCGAUACAAGACUUUCCCUUUUGAGAGGAAAAAAGGACACACAUUUAAACAUACUGCUUUAGUGGAAGAUUACAGAGGACAAAACAAUGGGUUUCUGAGUGAUAUAAAGGCCGGUGGAGAGGACGGACAACCUAUCGGGGAGUCCUCUCAGAACAAGGGUAAGAUUGUGGGGCAGACAAAAGCACUGCUUCACCACACUGAUGACAGCAGCGAUACGGAGGAUUUGCUUUCCAGUGCCAACUGUUUGGACGGACCCUCGUGUCCAGACUCUUCACAUUUCUCAGAGGAGUUUCACCCCAGCAGCCCUCCUUCGAAAAGUGAACCACAAUACCCGGUUUGUGGGAUGAGGACCAAACACAAAGGAUUACCCAAAGAAGACACGGAUGCUGGCACUUCUUCAAAGCGCCAGUUGGCUGAAUCAGAGUUUUCACAGGACAAACCAAAGGGCACGGGCCCUGUUGCGUGGAACUCUUUGACACAGGUGGAGUCUUUAGGAAGCCCCACUGUGAGCUGUAAACGGAAAAAGGGUACAGAGCUAAGCGAACAGCAGUCACAGACACUUCCACACAGUGCCCAAUGUUCCGUACAGUCACAAGGGCAGUGUCGGACGAGGCAUGUGUCAGCCUCCUCUAAACUCCAGCGAACGGCUGGGGGGGACGAGGGCUUUCCUCCAGGAAGCAAAGGAGCCCCAGGCAUGGGGAGCAGCCAGCAGAUAAUGCCCUUAUCUGGAGACAAGGAUAUCAAAGCACAGCUGCAGGCCAUGGAGACUCUCAUCAGCUCAAGCCAGGAAACCAUCAAGGUCCUUCUUGGAGUUAUUCAGGAGCUGGAGAAAGGUGAAGCACAGCGAGAGGGGCUCUCCUACCGAACAGGACAAGACACAGCAAAUUGUGACACUUGUCGAAACAGCGCCUGCAUCAUUUACAGUGUCGAGCUGGACUUCAAGCUGCAGGAAGAUAAACUGCAGCCCCUGAUGAAGAGACUUUGCCCCCUGGACAGCCAACAAUGUCCCGCUCUGCCUUACUCCAAUGAAGUAUUUACAUCCACCCCCAAACGCAAGUCCAAGACAGAGUCCAAAAAGCAUGCUCGCUGGAAACUCUGGUUCCUGUGAAUAAAACAUGAAGGCUUUGGAAACGGCCUUUUUAUUGGGCACAUUAAUCUCAAAAUGGUUGAAGGAAUAUUCAGAUGGGGUAAUCAACCCCACGAGAACGGAUGAUGAUGGAAACCAGUUGAUUUAGGGUUUCCGAGUUGAGACUGUACGUCAGGUCAGCUGGGGGACAGCAGAGACACAAAAAAAAAAAAAAAAAAGAACAUUUUACAUUCAGUCUAACCUUUUUCUGGCAUGUUUGCUGGACAGGAUCGACACACGCCUGCAGAAACUAGAGCAUAUUGCUUGGCUACAAGAGGAGGCACCAUGUGGAGGGCCUUUUAUGAGUGAAGCUAUAAUCUUUGAACGGACGUCAGCCCCACCUCCACCUCAAGCACAAACACUUGACUAUUGAGAGGAACAUGCGUCAAAGACUGAAACGCAGUACAGUAGACGACAGUAUGUCAGCGCUGUUCUUAUAACCCCCGUACUUUCCCCUCCUCUUCCUCCUUAUCUGUUACCAUCCUGCUCGGUUUUGUCUGUCUGACUGAACAUCUGCCUGCCUUUGCUAAUAACCCGUCUCCUCCCUCUCUUUGUAACUGUCCCUUUAUCUUUCUUUCUGUCCGUCUUCAUUUAGCUCACUGUGCAACUAACCGACUAGCCAGCCAACUUUGCCUCAGUCAUCCUGUUGCUUUCUGUUCCUAAGCUGACAUAAUGUUCAGGAUCUAUAUUUUAGAAUAUCUUUAUAGCAAAGCACUGUGAGAUGAACUUUUACUAAAUAUAUACAUAUAUAUGUUUGGGCCUCUCCUCUUGAAGCAGUUUAAAAACAUAGAACAAGUAUCAAGGUUUGGUCAGAUUUUUUAUCAGCAGAUAUGAUGUUUUGACUACUUCUGAGGCAGAAUAUUUUCUAUGAUAACUUAAAAGGUGUUUUUCUUGGGUUGGUUAUUGUUAUAUAGGUUGAAUUUGCAACAAAAAGUAAAGACUAUUUUGACGUUUCUCUUUGAGUCCACAAAGACUUUGCCUUGCCUCUCGGUCACUCAGUGUGCCACAGCGAAGCUCUCGUGUAAAGUCUUGACAAGAAUCUAUAUUUAAGUCACUUGUUUCAUGUGCAGUUAGCUCACACUUCAAGUGCUGCUUUGUAAUAUUGAUUUCUGUUUCCAUUCAACUGCAGAUUCCAUUCAGCAAAAUGCUACCACUUUUUUUCUUCCUUUUUUUUUUGCAGAAGACAGUCACAGAACACCAAACACUUGUCUACCAACCCACACAAACAACUGUGCACUGAACUUGCAGCAAGAGCAGAAGGGCUAUACACAGUGCUAAAGGAGUAUGGUAGCAGUCUAACAGAAGAAAAAAACAAACCAGCUUUGGUCAAGUACAAAACAACAAACAAAACGUUGGUGAUGUAGCAAUGAUUCUGAACUUGCACGCUGUUACACAGCAGGUAUUUAAUGAAUUCUUAGAGUGAUUUUAUAACAGCAGCUCUCAUGUAGAUUAUGGUACAUGGAAAUGUACAAGAAAUGUCUGGAAGACAUACACUGGUCUCCCAUCGUUAGAUUACGCAGUAGAUUACAUUUUUCAGGUCACCAUUUUUCAUGCAAUGAUCUGUACCUUGAGAAAGUGCAAUUUAGUGAUUAUGUGCAAUAUUAUGCAUUUUUCUACUGUUUCUACAUCACAAUUAAAACAUUUUCAAUCAAAGGUGA